AUGGCCAGAGGUUACUUUGACACCGUUCUGCGCAACAGUUCCCCUCCUGCCGUCAGGAAGGAGGUCCCUCUAAUAGGUCCCGCAUUACAGCAUCUUCCAUACGACCUCCUGCUGAACAUCAUCACACAUUUGGAUAAUCGAGACAUUAGUCCUAUAGUACUGACAUGUAAAACACUGCACGCUUUCGUCAUGACGCGGCCAGUGUAUCGACAUCUCGCAGCAGGACUUCUGCGCCGCUGUAGAGCUUUACCUCUCGCCGGCUUCCAACGACUCGGAGAUCUCUCAACGGACCAACUAAUACAUCUCGUCAAUAAAGCCGCACGACUAGAACGAGGCUGGCUGACCCGCACACCACGACCCGCUCGAUCAUCCCUCUAUUCGCCCUUACUCAACUCUCCUUCCUCCUCUCCUUCUAAAGGCAAGGGCAAAGCAAAAGCCAACUCCGCCGAUGAUUCAGACAUUCGAUUAGAUGAUGACGGCAACCGAGAUUGGUACAAGAUCGUGAGCACACCGCCGGACGAAGAGGUAGACUGGCUUUCGCCCAUUACGGCAUGCUAUACGCUUUGCGCCACAAAGAGUGGGAAGGUUGUGUGUUGGGAUGUGCAGAAGGAUGAGGGGUUGGCGCAGUGGAACCCUGGAGAAAGAUGGGAGCUGUGGAAGUGUAGGGUUGAGUUUGAUGAGCGGUCCGUGUUCUUCACGAUGGCCAGGGUGCUCGGCGGAACCAGUUACGACGACAAACUCAUGGAAUUUGCGCUCAUGCAAAUAAAAUUCCCCGACCCCAACCUCGAGAGCUUACCAUCAACAAGAUCAAACCCACGAGAAGCCCCCGCUUUCUUUCCGUUGAAAACAUUCAAAAUGACGGGUCUCGUGAUGAACGUCUUCCUCCUCGACCCCGUCGCGCGAUUGCUCUCAGGCUUCAUCUGGAUCGUCAGCUCCAGUACGAUUGGGCUUUUCGUCCUUCCAGAUUGGAACCGUGAUGAGUAUGUUUUCGUGGACACGAAGAUACCCUGCGUUUCAUCGCAUAAUUGGUCGUGCAUACUACGAAAUAAUGAGAUCGUGAUACACUCCGAAGAGGCAGACAGAGCCGUCCAACAUUUCUACCCCCUCUCCUUACUUCGCCAACACAUCACCCCUCUUUCCCCCCUCAGUGGCAAUGCACCAUUCGUCACUGGCAUUCUCCGGUCACCCCAUAUCGUCUCACGACCGUUCGAAUUUCCACUAUUACCUCCGGAAUCAUACAAGCCUCCCUUUCCAGACGAAGAGGAAGAAGCGAACGAUGCUGGACAGGGUCAGCAGGCAGACCAAGCCCUCGCUCGCCACAUCUCCCGCAGUCCCCUCCCCAAUCCCUUCACCUUCCCGACAUGGUAUCCCGAGUCUGCGCAUUUUGUGCGACAGUGGUGGCCAACGCUGGCGGGGGUUCCGAGCUUGAGCUGUACGGUCGUGCUUUUGGCUCAUCAUCAGAGGAGAACGCAUAGGACGAAGUAUGUUCUUAGUCAGCACUAUUUCCAGGUACCAGUCUCCGAGGUCGAAAUGGAGACUACGACGGGGGAGACACAGGCUGCGGGGACGAAUGGGGCCGGGGCAGGCCAGGUCGCCAUCGUCAAUGGCCAUGGUCAUAUCCAAGCCGCGAACGGCCACUCGAACGCAAACUCAAACGGGCAUCGUAGUCCGGAAGAUGCGCUGAUGAAGAUGUGGUACGUCAGUGCGCCGUUCGAAAUCGUGUGCGUUAUGGAUGUUGUGAGCGAUGAAGGGGAUGGAGACCCACCUGGAGAGGCGGUGGAACAUCCCAGACCGUUAUUGGCGGUCGAUUUUGGGCAUGCAGUCUGGAUUGAGUAUUAUAAGCCUGCGAUUGCGGGCAGUGGGGGUACGGAACAUGGGGUCAAUGGGGCCGGAGGGUCGAGUGAUGACGGCGAGGGCGAGGGCGAGGAGGAGAGGGAGUAUAAUCAACAAGAUGAGGACCAAAACGGCCACCCGGCCGCACACUCCGAAGCUGCCCUCCAUCGCGGCGAACUCAAACGUCUGCGUUUCGUUUCAUUCCCGUCUAUCUCCUUCGAAGAAGACGGUCGGGUCGUGAGGAGCGGGAUUGGGGGCUCUAUGGACGAGGGCAGCGAUGACGGUGACGACGAUGAUGAUAUGUGGCCGAUGGAAGGAUCGGUGAAGACAUUAGAGAUUCCGGAGGAGUUGGACCUGGACCAGGUGGAGACGUUGAAUAUCGAUCAGAGUCAGGGGGCGGUGAUCAUGAGCGUGAAGGAGGGGAGGAUAUUUAUUUUAUGUUACGAGUGA